UGCACCUCACAUAUUUUCAACAAAGACGGGAAUGACUCCUUCCCUCGUAUCGUUUUCUUUUCGACUUCUAUUGCCAUCGUUUUACUCCCACUUGUGACAGUGGCGGGAAAUGCGUUGAUUUUGGCAGCGGUAUGGAGGAAUAAUUUUGUGAGGACACCUUUUCAUAUACUUCUGAGCGGUUUGGCUUUCACCGAUUUGUGUACGGGAAUCGUCGCCCAACCUUUCUAUUCUGUAACGUUUUUGAUGUGUUCAGUGAAUUCAACAGUGGUGUACGACUCGCCAAGACUCCUUACAGCCUUACGUACAAUUGGCGAGGGAAGUGGGAUGUAUUUCAUUGCUGUCACCGUUUUAAUCCUAACAGUAAUCUCCACUGAACGAUGGCUGGUUAUUUCUCACCGAUCGCUCUUUACACAGCGCCGCGCAUGUUUCACAAUCAUCGCACUGAUGUUAGCUGCGAGUCCCACAGUUAUCCUUCGUGUUCUAGAGAAUGUAGACAUUGGUUAUGGACGCUCACUACGAUUCAUGCUCAUUGCUAAUAUGCUGUCCAGUUAUCUUGUUAUAACAAUGGCAAACUUUAAGGUUUAUCGAAGUAUUUGUCGCCAUCAGAGGCAAAUCCAAGACAACACAACAAUACAUCAUUUUGGUAGAUCGGCGAUAAACGUAGCAAAAUACAAGAAAUCUGUAACGACGUUGGUGUACGUUGUGCUGGCUUUCUCUUUAUGUUUCUUUCCAUAUGUUAUCUCGGUUGUGAUAUAUUUUGGUUUCGGCAACAGGACCUCAGAAACAUAUUCCGCCUUUAGAGUGACAGUAGUGUUCGUAUAUCUGUCCUCUGCAAUCAACCCAGCUCUUUAUUUAUGGAGAAUGAGUGAUAUUCGAAAUGGAGUGAUAGAAUUAUUUUGCAGAGUUUAA